AUGCCUCCCAUGCACCUAGCCGCUCCAAUUGAAGCAGAGAGAAAGGAUGCUUUGGAUGUGGCCUCCGAUGAGGAGGACAUGCCUCCCCUGCACACAGCCGCUCCAGCUGAAGCAGAGGGAACUGACGGUUUGAAUGUGACCUUGGAAGAGGACAUGCCUCCCGUACACUCAGCUGCUGCAAGAUCUCAGAGAGCUCCGUUGCAUCAGAGUCCUGACAUGAAGGCCAGUGAAGUCCCGACUCAGAGCGCCAGUGAAGUCCCGGCUGUGAACCGUGCUUUCAAGGUUGGGGACCGAGUCCGCAUUUGCGGCUCUGCCAAGUGCAAGGUGUCUGCAAGCCAAGUCGGGCGGGUAAUGCCAUCGGACCUGACAUUGGGUGACCGCAUCCUGGUUGAACUUGAGCAUGGAGAUAGGCUUUCGUUUAAACCAGAAGACCUGGAACAUAUCGUCGAGUCCAAGCCGAAAGAUGACUUGGAUGACCUGAACUCAGGCUGCGGCUCGGACUCAGGCGACUCAUUGCCUCCUUUGGAGUUUAUCAGUCGAGAUCGCUUGGAGACAUGUCAAAUCGGUCCUGGAGAUUUGGUCCAAUUGGUGAACCUCCAAAUGCAGGAGCUCAAUGGACAGCAAGGCUACGUCCUUCGACUGACGCCUGGAAGAACGGGUCAGAAAGAAGAACGCGUGGAGGUGAAAAUGCAAAGCGAUGGGAAGAUGCUCUCUGUGAAGAGGUCGAACGUGAAGCUCUCCUGUGAGGAGCCUCCAAAACGCCCAAAGCUGCGACUGGAACAGCUGCAGAGGGGUGACGAGGUCAUCGUGCAAGGCUUGACCACGGCUUUAGAGUACAAUGGACAGAGAGCUUUGGUGAUUGAGAGCACGGACCCUCGAGAUCGUGUCACUGUGGAACUCAAACAGUCUGGUCAGCGCAUGUCCUUGCGAAGGGACAAACUUCAAGUGGUGCACGAAGGGCGAAGUGACUCCGAGGGCGAAGGCGAUGGCCGCGAUCGAAGAGGCGACGUGGAGGACUUUUCGGAGAUGCCGCCCUUGCGAAGCAUUCGACAGCCACAGUCACGGAAGGUGAAGUCCCGCUUCCGGGUUGGCCAGAAGGUCUUCCUGGAUAUGAAGCAGAAACCGGAGUACCAUGGCCAGGCGGUUUUUGUGUUACCUUCAGAUCCUUUGAAAGUUUUAGAUGCCACCAUGGUGACUGUGCAACUGCCGACUGGCAAGCGCAUCACCACCAAAGAGGCACACCUCAGAGAAGAGGUGACACGGUGA